GCGUGCUCGCGAGAUCUCUUUCCACUAGGUACCUUCUCUUCAGGGGGACGACGAACCGUUGCGAGAGAGAGGGCGCGCGCCACGCCGAGGGAAGCGAGGCUGGCUCGCUAGCCCUCGCGCGAUGCGCCUUUUCGAUCCCGGGCCAGGUGCGCGCGUCGCGCCCUGACCGGCGCGGCACGGCCUCGAGAGCUCGCGCGAGCGGGCCGUAAUAUGGCGUCGACUCGGGCUGACACCGCGGCCCUUAUUUGCGGCGCGAGAGAGCGCUCUCGGCAAUUAAGUGUGCGGGCGCGGGUAGCCGCAGGCGGCGAAGAGGGCGAUCGGCGGGCAGAGCGGUUACGAUCGGUCGGCAGUUAUGUAAAGAUGCGGUGGUGUAUGAAUUGAUUCGAGCGAAACUUCAAAGAUUAACUAAACAUGGCCACAUCUGGAACUAUUCUGAGCGGGCGGCUGGACGGAAAACGGCGCGAGCGGCCGCCGAGUCGGAGGGAAAGCGAGGCGAGGUCGGCCCGGCCAAUCGGAGCGCUCCGUCGGGACCACGUGACCCGGAGACCGCGUCUUCCCUGCGACCUUCCCCCACCCGGCUACCUCUCUAUUACCCCACUUUGUUCGUGACGACGCGACGCGCCGAGCCAUUGGCUCCCGUUCACCGUUCGUACUGCCCGAUCGAAAGACGUCGCCUUCUUGGGAUACGUGCGUUACGUCACGCCGCGUCUACGUGCUCGAGAGCUCCUCGACCGACGAGAUAAUUAUGGCCGGGUGAACCGGGUGAACCGGGUGAACGUCUCCUGCGAUCGGUGCCCGGAAACGGACCGUUCGAUCGCUCCCCUCUCUUUCUCUCGCUCUCUCUCUCUCUCCCUGGACCCGAAGAUCCAAUUCUUUCUCGCGAAGGACUUCGUACCUGCCCAUGGAGAAGGUCUCGUUAAGCGAUGGAAAAGUCGAUCUCCUAAUUAAGGCUCGACAAAUUGACUUUUUACGAGACACGCAAGCCGCUUCUAUUUUCGGGAAGUGGCUCUGGAGUUUAUUCGUAAUUCUGCGAUCGACAUUGGUUUAACUUUUCGAUAAUUUUGGUCGUUGACAGCUGCCUACGCUUUUUUUUUUCGCUUGCGCAAAGUUACGUCUUUGUUAUAUGCGGCUCGUGAUGUAUACAGGGUAACGAGUAAUUGUACUCGAAUUAGUAGAUAAGCAUACCUUUGUAUACAUUGGUCCGAAGAGGUUUUAAAAUGCUGACAAAAAGUGGUUCUAUUUUACAGAGAAUUUGGCCGCGUGGGGCCAUCUUGCGACCGAGGUUACAAUUUCGCUUCAAAGGCCCAAUUUUAGGCUCGACGUGAUGUUACCGACUACGUUUGAAUUGAUAUUUGUACCCAACAAUUUUUGUACAAAGCUAUCCUAAAUUAAUAAACCAAAUGACUUCCGUUCAUACGUAAUUAUUUCAAUUCCUUCCAAGAUUUCGCACCUUCGUGUUCGGUUCAAUUUCUAGAUAAGGAAAUUGUAGCAUAAGUUGGGCCGUAACCGAACCGUGGAAAACUUGUUUGCUGCUUUAGCAGCGAUUAAUUAACAGUUUUACACCCAUUGUGAUGCAUUUUCACCGAAUAAGCUACAGUUUGCUCAAACUCCUCCAACCAACGCUGUUAGUUCAAACGAAUCAACUGAACGCAAUUGCACGGGUAAUCGAGAUGGAAAGUCGGUACUCUGAAUAAUCGAACGUUUAAUAGAACUGUGUCUAUGGAACUCUAAAUUGGAUACUGGCUUUUUUUUAACCAUGGUGUCGAGUAGAUCGAGUACUUUCAGUCGGAUCAAUCGGUGCCUUUUUACGGUAACAACAUUCUUCAUUUAUUACCAUUGGAUGGUGAACGGAAGCCUCGCAGAGAAACCGAAUUGUUCUGAAAGAAAUACUACAGAAGAAUGCGAUACCAUUAAGAGUUACAAUGUGAGCAAGCAAUGGUUGCAGGGGAGAGUGCAUUGCAAAUCGUGCUUUUAUCUGCACCUGCGCCAUAUUAUCGAUCAUGGAGACAGUAAACGUUAUUUUUCAAAAAAUGUUAGCACUGGGAAACGACUGAAAGAAGUCGCACGUAAUCCUAUCAUCGAUAAGGCUCUCGAUGAAAUCGAUUAUAUUGCGUAUUUAAAACGUAACAAGACUUUCGAAGUGAAAAAUAUUGUGAGGAAAAAAAAAUUCAAUGCGCAGCAAGUACUAUUCAGGCGAUAUCAUACUGUAGAGCGCCGAAGUAUAAAUAUUCCUAAAUAUCCAAAUCUUAGAGAUGUUAGUGAGUCCAAAGGAUCAACGAAAACUGAAAAUAUGCAUGCACUUAUCAAUCCUGCGUCAACCCUGGAUAAUGUCGGGGAUCAAGAAGAAUACUCCGAAGAGGAGGUAGACGAUGAUUCCCACUUUCUGGUACAUCACAUCUCGAUAGCUAAUAUAGACAUCAAUUCGACAACUAGUGAAUUGGAAAUUGAUGAUGAUAGUAAUUCAUCGGUCAUGCAAACAAAUGCAUCUGAACCCGAAUUUAAUAACAGGAGAUAUCCAAAAUUCGAAACAGAAAAUUUGAAUAACUCUAUGGGGAUUAAUCAUCAACAAUCAUCACCGAAAUAUAAAUUGCGAGUAGUUAAUGAGACAGAAAUUCAGACAACUACACAAAUUGUGAAUAAAUCUAACAACGGGGCCUCUCAUAACACAUCUAAAAUAAUUGUCAAGAACAAAUUACCACCCGAUGUUUCAAACAAAUUGCGUUCGGUGAAACUGAUGAAUGCUAAAGACCGUUCGAUGACGACUCACUGGUCAAAGAAGAAAGUGAAAGGUUUGAAAAAAUACCGAUCAGCGCAGAAGAAAAAACCCACGAUUUUCAAGAAGAAAAUUAAGACAAAGAGUUCAGCCAAGUCGAAUAAGACAAAAAAGCGACCCAAAGUAUCUAAACCAAAAUCUCAAAAGAAAAAUAAAAAGCCAGUGAAUAAAACGAAGCAAAACUCAAAGAAAAAUAAUGCAAAAAAAAAUAAGGGGAAAAAUCGGAAAAACUCAACAAAGAGAGCAAUUGACAACGACCAAUUAGAGUACUAACGAAAUAAUGUCAUUAUUUUAAAUGAAGCGUACCGAGAAUUAUACUUACAUGG